AUGCGGGGAGUGUCGAAGCUGCUGCUGCUGCUGUUGCUGGUACUGCGGCCAUCCAGUGCAUUGCUGUCUUACCUUGAGUUUAGGAAGGGAGGGCAUGUGGUGUGGGUCUUUGGAUUGAUGGGACCUCGGUCGAGGGUGGCUGGGCAGAAGAAGGGAUGGAACGAGGUGGAGAAUGUCUGCACAGUAAGUGAUGCUGCCUGGUGUAGAGCUAUGGUGAGCGUGCCGUGGCGACGAUCAUGA